UUUUUUUUUUGCAGUGAGGCUCGCUAUAAAAGGCCUGAGCUGCCUCCCUGCGGCUCCAGUCUGUGCUGACCUGUCUGUGCUGACCGACAUGAAGCCCCUCCUGCUCCUGCCGCUGCUCGGAUGCCUCGCCACCAUCGCCUCCUGCAUCACUAACGUGAAAUGGUGCGUCACGUCGGACAGAGAGAUGCUGAAGUGUCAGGCCCUGAGUCGUGUGGCCCCGGUCUUCUCCUGUGUGCGGAGAGCCGGAACCAAGGAAUGUGUGACCGCCAUCCAGGCUGGUGAGGCAGAUGCCAUCACUUUAGAUGGAGGGGAAAUCCACACUGCUGGACUGGACAAUCUGCAUCCCAUAAUUGCUGAGCAGUACAGCACCUCUGCUGAAACCUGUUACUACGCUGUUGCUGUGGUGAAGAAGGGCACAGGAUUUAAAUUCGGGGAUCUCAGGGGGAAGAAAACCUGCCAUACUGGGGUGGGGAAAUCUGCAGGCUGGAACAUUCCCAUCGGAACUCUGCUCGACAAGGGAUACAUUAGUUGGGCAGGCAUUGAUGACGGAAACCUGGAGGACGCGGUGGCCAAGUUCUUCCUGUCCAGCUGUGCCCCCGGGGCAACAAACCAGAAGCUGUGCGCGCUGUGCCAAGGAAACUGCGACAAGACCGAGUCUAAUCCUUAUUAUAAUUACCACGGGGCUUUCAAGUGUCUGAAAGACGGAUCAGGAGAAGUAGCUUUUGUGAAGCAUCUCACUGUCCCUGAUGAUGAAAGGGACGGCUAUGAGCUGCUGUGCACUGAUAACAGCAGAAAGCCCAUAGACCAGUAUGAGAAAUGCAACCUUGCCAAGGUUCCAGGUCAUGCUGUGGUCACUCGCAGUGACGACCAGGAGCUGGGGGACUUCAUCUGGAAAAGCCUCGACUCAGUAAAGAACUUUGACCUUUUCUCGUCGGUGACCUAUGGUGGAAAGAACCUGAUGUUCAAGGACUCAACAAAAAGCCUAAUGCAGCUGCCCCCGAACGUUGACCACAAAAUGUAUCUGGGUCCUAAGUACUUAGACAGCAUUGAAACCAUUAAGAAAGGGAAAACCCCAAGCACCACGUCUGACAUAAAAUGGUGUGUUGUGGGCGACAGGGAGAAAGCAAAGUGUGACGAGUGGAGCAUCAGCAGUUUGGGAAAAGAUGGCACCAACUUUCUUUGCAUGAGAGGCCUGUCAUCUGAAGACUGCCUGAAAAAGAUUAUGUAUAAAGAGGCUGAUGCAGUGGCAGUGGAUGGAGGUCAGGUGUACACAGCUGGAAAGUGUGGUCUGGUUCCUGCUAUGGUGGAGCAGUAUACUCAAGACCAGUGCGGUCAAAGUGGAGUCACAGGCUCCUUUUACUAUGCUGUCGCUGUGGUAAAGAAAGAUACAGUGACGAACUGGUCAGACCUGAAAGGCAAGAUUUCUUGCCACACAGGCAUGGGAAGAACCGCUGGCUGGAACAUCCCCAUGGGUCUCAUCUAUGAAGAAACUAAAAACUGCAACUUCUCGGCUUAUUUCAGUAGUAGCUGUGCCCCUGGAGCCAAGCCCAGCUCUCCGCUCUGUGCUCACUGUGUUGGCAAUUCGGACUCUAGGUUCAAGUGCGAAGCCAGUGAUGAAGAGAGGUACUACGGCUACGCUGGAGCUUUUAGAUGUCUGGCGAGAGGUUCCGCUGAUGUUGCCUUCGUCAAACACACAAUCGUCGCAGAAAACACAGGUGGUCAAGGACCAGCUUGGGCCCAAGGUCUCCUGGCCGAUGACUAUAGGCUGAUCUGCCCUGGCAAGGGUCCAGUGCCAGUCACUGAGUUCCUGGAUUGCCACUUGGCUAAAGUGGCCGCACACGCUGUGGUGACCCGUUCAGAGAUCCGCACCAAGGUGGCCGACUUUCUGAAGCAUCAGCAGGGCAAUUUUGGAAGCAGUGCCACCAGUGACUCGUUCAAAAUGUUCGGGUCGAAACAUGGACCGAACCUCCUCUUCAAGUCCUCCACUAAAUGUCUCCAGGAGAUUCAAGAUGACUAUGAAACGUUUUUGGGACCAGAAUACAUGACAGCCAUGAGUUCACUCAGAACUUGCAAAGAAUCCACUUCAGAUCUGGAACAGCUUUGCACUUACAAUAUGUGUCAGGACAACAAUUGAAGGGGAUCAUGGACUUUGUUGCACCUCGGCUGGGUCUCUGUGAUUCAAGCAUCUUUUCUUACCAACCCCUGUUGGAGCAGAAUGAUAUCUUUUUAUUAAAUCAAUCAUGUUUUGUGGAUCCAUGCCUCACUUUUCUCAAAUAAAGCCUGUUUGAAUUCUGA